UAAUAAUUUAAUAAUUAUUGGUUUAUAUAAAAUCAAACUAAUUAAAAUUGAUUGUAAUAAAACUUAAAAUGACAUUUACCGUGUUAAUGGUUAAAAAUGUUCAAAAGUGUUUCAAAUAUAUAAUGGGUCCACAGACAACCAGACAUUUUUCAUCAAAACUAGUUGAAGAAGACUUAAAAGUAACUGAUGAUUGUAUAAAACGUCUUGAAGCUAUUUGUGAUCAAGAUGAAUUCCUUCGUCUAAGUGUUGAGAGCGGUGGCUGUUCAGGAUAUCAAUACAAGUUUGAAUUAGAUAAAACUAUUGCAAUAGAUGAUUGCAUAUUAGAAAAGCAAGGUAUUAAGAUAGUAGUGGAUACAACUUCCUUAAAUUAUAUCAAAGGAUCAACAAUUGACUAUGAACAACAGUUAAUCAGAGCUGCUUUUAAAUUAAUAAGGAAUCCAAAAGCACAGGAUGGAUGUUCUUGUGGUGCGUCAUUUUCAAUAAAAAUUGAUUGAUGUAUUUAACUUACCUAUGUUUUUAGUGUAAAUAAUUAAUUAUUUAUAAUAUGUUAUUAAUGAAUUUUGUUAUGUGGUUGUAUAUUAAUAAAAUAGUAUUUUUGA